ACCAAGCUUCCGUCUUCUCUGACUUCCUAAAUACCUUCUUCUUCUAUACUACCUUCUUCCUUCUCUCCUUUCCCUAGUUGCAUAUAAACAGUAGGUAAAAUAUAGCUAGGGUUUGCAGUAGUUUAGAUAUGGGGAUGAUGGAGUGGAGCUGGGUGUUGUUGAUGGGUCUUGUUAUGGGGUUGUUUUGGUAUAAGAAGAAGAUGGAUAGGAUGGAAAACAAGAAGGGAGUUCCGAAAGGAAAUUUAGGUUGGCCUUUGAUAGGAGAAACUCUUGACUUCAUUGCUUCUGGCUACUCCUCUCGACCUGUCAGUUUCAUGGACAAACGCAAAUUUCUGUACGGGGAGGUGUUCAAAACGCAUAUCCUUGGAACUCCGAUUAUUGUGUCCACAGAUCCUGAGGUGAACAAGGUGGUUUUACAGAACCAGGGCAACAUUUUCUUCCCUGCUUACCCCAAAUCCAUUAGAGAGUUACUCGGCGACCAUUCCAUUCUUCAGAUGAACGGAAGCCUUCACCGGAGAGUCCAUGCACUCAUAGGUGGCUUCCUCCGGUCGCCGCAGUUCAAAGCUCGAAUCACAAGAGACAUCGAAAACCUUGUCAAAUUCACAUUGGCUUCUUGGCAAGGCAUGAUCAACCCUGUUCUUGUACAAGAAGAAACCAAAAAGAUAACAUUCCAAAUUUUGGUGAAAGUGUUGCUGAGUGUAGGCCCUGGAGAAGAUCUAAACUUCCUCAAAAGAGAAUUUGAAGAGUUCAUCAAGGGUUUAAUAUGCUUACCCAUCAAACUUCCAGGAACCAGACUUCACAAAUCACUGAAGGCUAAAGAAAGGUUGCUGAAAAUGGUGAGGAAGAUAGUGGAGGAGAGAAAAUUGGCGAUGGAGACAUCAGAGGGUGAUGGUGGGAAGGGUGUGGCGAACGAUGCGGUGGACGUGCUGCUACGUGACAAUGGGGAAGCAAAUGAGAAACAAUCCUUAACGUUGGAUUUGAUCAGCGGGAACAUCAUCGAGAUGAUGAUCCCGGGAGAAGAGACUGUGCCUACGGCUAUGACACUGGCGGUCUAUUUCCUCACUCACUGCCCUACUGCUUUAAACCAGCUCAAGUCUUUUUCGUUGCGAAAUGGACCCACCAACACGCGCGCGCGCAAGACGGACGGUGGUACAUGUGGAGGGCCCACAGAAGAAAACAUGAAACUAAAGAUGGAGAAGAUGGAUUCUGGAGAAGAUUAUAGUUGGACUGACUACAUGUCUUCGCCAUUCACUCAAAACGUGAUUAGUGAAACUCUUAGGUUGGCAAACAUUAUAAAUGCAGUAUGGAGAAAAGCCCAGAGAGAUAUAGAGAUUAAAGGAAAUUUGAUACCCAAAGGAUGGUGCGUCUUGGCAUCUUUUACCUCUGUUCACAUGGAUGACCAAAUUUAUCAAAAUCCUUAUCAUUUUGAUCCCUGGAGAUGGGAGAAGCUUGGAGCUGCUGUUAACAAUAAUAACUUCACUCCUUUUGGAGGAGGGCAAAGGCUCUGCCCAGGCUUAGAACUAUCAAGGCUUGAAAUUUCAAUCUUCCUUCACCAUCUCGUUACUAGUUAUCAAUGGGUUGCCCAAGAGGACAACAUUGUCUACUUCCCUACGGUGAAGAUGAAGAGGAAGAUGCCAAUCACAGUCACACCUGUUUGCAACCACCAGUAGAUUGGCCCAUUUGGGAAAACAUGCAUCAAGAAAAUACGUUAAAGACUGUAUAAUUCAGUCACCUGGGUAAUAAAUAACUAGACAGAUCCAGCAAGUGGUAUCCCCACCACAGAGCAAGGCCAUUAAAAUUGUAUAUGUACAGCUUGCAUUUUUCUUAAUGAUUAAAAAUAAAGGCAGAUGGGACUCAAAACAUUAUGGUGUUAGUUCUUUAGUCACUAUCUUUUUGUUCAUGGAGGUCGUUUUCUGUCCUUCCAAAUUGGAUGCCCGUGGGGAUGAUUGAAAUCAAACUUGGAAUCCCAUUAAAAAUUUCUCUGGUUUGAAUUGAUGACAACAUUUGUGGCAGUUGUUGGAGAAGAUGGAAAUGACAUGGUACUUCUGAUCCCGAUAUGUGUGGUGUAGUAUUGAGUCGGCAGAGCCAUGGUAGAUCUAUUGUCCAAGGCAACUGGGAUGCUCAAUUUGCCUUCACGUGAUCCAAGAACAGGAAGAGGACCACUAUAGAUAUCAGAAAUCAUAUGGCAGAGAGUUGGUUUUCACUUUUCAGAUUAAAGUAAAGAAGGAUGAAGAACCUUAAUCUCUAUUACAGUCGUCUCAGUAGGCGAAAACAGGAUAGGUAAAUUUGGUGAGAAAUGACCAGAAUUGAAAGGCUUAUUGAUCCUGACAAAAUUUUCUAAUCCACCCUUUACCCAUACAUACUUCCAGCAUUCAUAUUUGAUCUGAUCAAUAAAAUUUUGUAGUUAAA